AUGCCGCGCACAGUGUUCAACAGGCUGUACAGGGCGAUUGAGGGCGAAGGAUUGUUUGUCAGAAGGAAGGAUGCGCUGAGCCGUGGAGGAAUUCAUCCCCUACUGCGGAUGGUUGCCGCAAUUCGCAUGCUGGCGUAUGGAGCAGCGGCUGACUCUUUAGACGAAUAUCUGAGUAUGUCUGAAGACUCAGUGUUGCAGUCACUGAAGUCCUUUUGUUCUACUGUGAUACAGAAGUUUGGAAUAGAGUACCUACGCGAGCCCAAUGAGGCGGUCCUACGGCGCAUACUGGAAAUAAAUGCUGCCAGGGGGUUUCCGGGGUGUGCGGGUAGUAUUGAUUGUCAGCAUUGGCAAUGGAAAAAUUGUCCGAUAGCUUGGGCUGGAAAAUUCAAGGGAAAGGAGAGGAAUCCGACUAUCGUUCUGGAGGCAAUUUGUGACGGGGAGUUGUGGAUUUGGCAUGCCUUCUUUGGUAGCCCUGGAAGCUUGAACGACAUCAACGUUUUGGACCGAUCACCAACCAUGGAGCGCAUCAUCGCUGGUGAGUUUCCGCCCUCCAUUCCUUACACGUUAAAUAAAAAACAACGAACGAUGCCGUACUACCUUGCCGAUGGUAUCUACCCAAGCUGGGAAAUUUUUAGGAAGACAAUAAAAGACAACACGGCAAAAAAGGAGGAAGCAUUCGCAAAGGCUCAAGAGGCGAUACGGAAGGACAUCGAACGCGCUUUUGGGGUGCUUGUGGCUCGUUUUCAUAUCCUACAGAACCCUUCAAGACUUUGGAAGAGAAGUGAUGUAUCGAAUGUCAUGGUGGCGUGCAUUAUUCUCCACAAUAUGAUUGUGGAGAGUCGAAGAGAUGACUACCAAAGUGCCAUGGCGUCACUGCAGCACUUCGGUGAGGCGCGUGCUAUGUUCGCUGCAGUUCAGUCAUUCACCAUGGUAUCGUCACGUCAUUCGCGCAUAACAAGUAAAGUGGACCACUUCUCCUUGAAACGCGACUUCAUUGAGCAUAUAUGGAACGCUCACGGCUCCGUCUAG